UCACAUCCAAAACAAGUGACCGGUUCUGCUGCUUUUUAAGCAGUGUUGUUACUCUUCGGUAGCUUGUUUUGUUUGUUGUUUUCCCAACAAUGUCUCAGGACCCUUGGUUGCAGAAUUAUGACGCCACGUGUCGCCUGGCUCAGGAAAUAGCAGAAAACAUCCAUGAAAGGAACAGACAGCAGAGAACAGGGGGGAACCCUGCAAAGAUCAACAUGACACUACGAGCAUCACUGCAGAAACUGAAACAGAAUAUUGCUCAGCUCAAAGAGGGCUUGUUGAGAGCUUCUUCAUCUCGRCGCAUAAUGCAGUCAGAAUCUGACAGGAGGCAGAACCUUAUAGAUGAUCUGCUAACCAGAGAGAAGCAACUCAAUGGAACUUUCAAAGGAGAUAUCACAGAGCCUGAAUCCACCAGGUCCACACUGAUGGUUGGAAAAGCAGCAGCCAGCGGAGGAGGUUCUGCGAACCCAUGGCUCAUCAACGAAUCAGAAGAGACCAAGGGGCUGACCUUCGGAGAGAUUAAACAGCAGCAACAAAGAAUCAUUGAGGCCCAGGAUGCAGGCUUGGAUGCACUUGCAGCUGUCAUCAGCCGACAGAAGACAAUGGGCCAAGACAUCGGCAAUGAGUUGGAUGAGCAGAACGAAAUCAUCGACGACCUUGCACAUCUUGUUGACAACACGGAUGGUAGGAUUCGGAAUGAGACACGAAGGGUGAAGCUGGUGGAGACCAAGUCGGCCUCUUGUGGGAUGAUGGUGGUGAUCGUGCUGCUUCUUAUAGCCAUCGUUGUGAUCACGGCGUGGCCCGUGUAGCUAAUGGAGACCACACCAACCGUGGACGUGUGAUGCACAAAACAUUAAAAACAAACUUCUACAAUUCACACACGUGGACACAGGCACUUAUCUGAACCCAGCAUCAGGUUUGUCCGACCAAGGAAAUGUAAGAUGAAGAUUUGGAUUUUUGCAGCUCAGAUCGACACAAAGUCACCGGUUGGUUGAAGUGUUAUUUUCUCUUUUGUAAAUAUUGUGAGGGUAUAAAUAUUUCUUUAUAAUUGUAAUUCAGUGUCAAACUCAUGAAACUGACUAAUCAUUAAGCUGUGAAAGUAUAAGACUGUUGUAAAGAAUGAAAUUUGUUAGCCUGACUCGUGUUGUCCCAACAGAGGGACCUCCCACAGUCAGCAGCUUUCCUUACAUCGGGUACAGUAACUCUGCAACGUUUUUAUUAACCAGUCAUCACUGCAGAGGCUGAAAUGUUCUGAUUCUGUAAUGUUUAUAGAGCAGCUUGUAGCCAAAACAAACAUCUCUGUGUAACGAACACCACUCUUUCCUUUCCUCGUUAAUCAGCUUAUAGUUUCUAAUAAAGCACAUUUGCAGUUGAUGGCCUCCGGA